UCUCUUCACUCAACAACACCACACACACGGCAAGUCAUGUACAGGUCUAUGGAGCCACACCUAUCCAACAAUCGAACCCAACCUUGGGCUGGGUUUGUUACACCUGUGAUUCUAUGGUUUUGUGUCUCGUUGGGCUUGCGCUACGGGUGUUACAGUGAUUGCGAGCUUGUUCUUGGGCCGAACUCCUCUCGUUUGGUGCAGGUGAGUUCGUUUUUUGUCGAGAGAAUCAAGCUGAGAGAUGAGACAGCACAAGGGCUCUUGUUUUUUGGGUUUUCUGUAAAGCCCCAUUUGAGCACUGAGAUCAAUUGGACACUCACAAAAGAUCUGGUUGUUGAUCCUUACAAGCGACAGGGGAUAUCUGUUUGGCUGAACAAGGGAUCAAGAAUUGUGUGCAGAUGGAAGGUGGGAGCAAGUGGUUUUCAGAAGGACCUCUUGGUUGUUAUUCUCAAAGGGGAUCAGAAUUUCAGAAGGUGGCUGAGGGAUCCAAAGAAUGCAUCUAUUAUGGAGUCAUGGCAACAAGCUCUUGGUACUGGAAAAGCGGAAUACACUGUAGAAGAAAAUGCAAGCUACUACUUGGAAAUAGUGAAUCUUGGGUCAAGAAGCCUUCGAGUUUCCUUGGCGGCAAAUAUUUCGUCGAAGGUCUAUGACACAAGCAAGGCCCUCUGCAACUGUUCAAUGGACAAUGGCCCUUGUUCUCUUGAGCUUCUUUUCUCUAGCAAGCGCUAUGCAGUUGUGACUACACCCACCAAUCCAAUGGGGGGCACAACAACUUGGAAUGUAGAGCUUUCAUACAUGGCUCGUGUGGCUUCUUACUGUGUGAUCUUAGCCAUUAUUAUAGUUGUGGUGUACAUAGUGAUGAAAUGUUUUGGAGGUAGAGAAGAGGAAGAAGUUGUGGUGGGGGCAGAGAACCAGGCAUUGUUAAAUGAUGAUACAAAGCAACAUAGCAUACUUACUCUCUAUGGGACAGCUGAUGAGUGCUCUGAUUCUGCUGCCAUCAACUCAUGCCAAGAUUUGUAUGAUGCCAAGAUUUGUGUCAUAUGUUAUGACAACAUCCGCAACUCUUUCUUUGUUCCAUGUGGACAUUGUGCUACUUGUUACACUUGUGCUCAGAGGAUAGAGUCAGGAGAGAGCAAAUCUUGCCCCAUUUGUCGGAGAACAAUUCAAAAAGUAAGGAGACUUUGUAGCUCUUAAUUGGGAGGGAGAUACAUGGGUUCAUGCUUAAGAGUAGCCCUGUGCUCCUAAAUUCUUAUCAUGUGUAAUUAAUUUUUCCUUUUCGAAUGAUUAAGUUGGGUUUUGAUUCUUAGGUAGCUCUGUGACGUAAAUACUAUGCUAAGAUGUCAAGCCCCAAUUCUACCAACAUUUUUCCUUGCCAUCAUUCUAGUGUUCCACUAUGCAAUGGGAAUUUUAGUGUCAUUAGACCGGGAAACAUCUUGAGUAAUAUUGUCAUAUUGUUUUUGCUU